CGCUGCCCGACUCCUCCAUCCUCCAAUGGCUCCCGGCCUACUCAAGCUCAAGACCAGACUCGCCACCGCGGCGGCAAUCGCCGAGGGCCUGCUGUGCGCCCAAGCGGCAACCCUGCCCGUCAAGCGCCAGGCAGCGGUCACUGCGCUCUCCACCGCACAGAUCACCGCCUUCCGCCCGUACACCCACUACGCCAGCACGGCGUACUGCUCGCCGGCGUCGACCCUCGCGUGGAACUGCGGAGUGAACUGCGAGGCGAAUCCGUCCUUCGAGUCAAUCGCCUCCGGGGGUGAUGGCGACGUCACCCAGUUCUGGUUCGUCGGGUUCGAUCCCACGCUGCAAGAGGUGAUUGUCGCACACCAGGGCACGGACACGAGCGAGAUUCUGCCUCUCCUGGAAGAUGCGGACAUCGUCUUCGAGAAGCUCGAUCCGACGCUCUUUCCCGGGGUCAGCAAGAGCAUCGAGGUGCACAGCGGCUUCGCGGGCUCCCAGUCUAGGUCAGCUCCUGGGGUCCUCGCGGCCGUCCAGACCGCACUAGCGAAGUUCAACGCAACCAAAGUGACCGUGACCGGGCAUUCGCUAGGCGCAGCCAUCGGCCUCCUCGACUCGGUCUUCCUCCCUCUCCACCUCCCAAGCACCGUCACCACCCGUUUCGUCGGGUACGGCCUGCCGCGCGUCGGCAACGAGGCCUUCGCCAACUACGUCGACGCCCACUCUCAGAAGGUCUCCGUGACGCACAUCAACAACGAGGAGGACAUCGUCCCGAUCCUGCCCGGACGCUUCCUCGGAUACCACCACCCAUCCGGCGAGAUCCACAUCCAAGACUCUGGCGAGUGGCUGGCGUGCCCCGGCCAGGACAACACGGAUGUCAGAUGUAUUGUCGGGGACGUGCCGAAUAUCUUCGAAGGCGACGAGUCGGACCACGAUGGGCCCUAUGAUGGGGUCGAAAUGGGUUGCUAAUGCUUCUCGUCAUGUUAUGGCCAGUGGAUGAUCCCCUCUGAACUGGCAAGCCGUAUCUCCCCAUCCUGUAUUGCCGAAUCGCAAGGAGUCACCGCGUGGAAUAAAAAGCGCUGAAUUCCC